AUGAUUCUCUAUACUGAGCCCUACCUCAAGGACAGCAUUGAUCUUCAUUUGCAAAGCUUUGCUGGAAGAGGAGUGGUGAAGAUUUCCCACAUUCCAAAGGCUGAGCAGAAAAUCAGAUCCACUGUCGUCGACUGGAUCUUCGGAGUCGAGUGCUACUACAAGCUGCCCGAUAUGGUUUCCCACAUUGCCAUCCAAACCUUCGACCUAAUCUUGCAGGCUUUGGAGGUGGACGAGAAGGAUUUCCAGGUGGUUGGAGGAGCGGCCUUUUGGCUCGCUUCGAAAUUGGACCAGAGCAAAUCCAUAUCGAGCAAGCAAAUGAAGAAAUUGAUCGGGAGCUCGUGCACCUUGCAGAGACUGAAAAGUGCGGAGGAAGUUGUGUUCAAAGUGCUCAACUACUGCCUGCCCAGGGACAGCGCCCUCAGCCUUCUCAACUACCAGCUGCACGUCCUCAAAAUGGACCUUCAUGUGGACGAGGAGAUUCGUAUGAUUGGGCAGUACGUCCUGGAAAGCAGCAUGCUCAUUUGGUCCCUGGCUGUCCGAAGUUACAGCUUCCUUGCCAGCAUGUCUACAAUGUGCGCCAUUUUGCUGAGUGGACAAACCCUUCAGGACAAGUUUUGGGAGGAAAAGGCGAAGACUGAUGUGACAUUCCAGCCUCUGAGAGAUACAAAAAAGGCCUCGAGCUUCAUUCUCCGCAAGUUGAUGGGCGUGCAGGAAUACGGAAAGUCCAGCGGACACCUGUGGAUCAAGUUCUCCUCCAGUGAAAAGCUGAGAGUUUCGCUCAACCCAAAACUAUCAGCAGAAAACAUCGGGAAAAUCCUGAAAAGUGUUUUCUGCGAGGAAGGAAAAUCUAGUGUCUAGGAUUACUGUGAGAUUAGAACAAAAAAUAUCAAGUGUACAUAUUUAUAUAUUCAAUUAUUUGCCAUCACAUUUUAAGGGAAUAGUUUUAAGCCACUGAUCUGUAAAUAUUAUUUAAAUUU